AUGCCACCUAAAUAUACAAUAAAACAAAAAGGAAGAAAGACUUAUCAGUUAGAUGAAUUAGAUGAAUUCAUUGAAAAUUUACCACCCCCAAACCCAUCAAAAAUUAAACCAAAAAAAGAAAAAGUUCCAUUAAAAUUAAGAAGAUUAGGUGAGCUUGAAAGUAUGUUUCCUGACAUAGAUAGUGGACUUUUAGAAAUGUUAUUAGAAGAAAACCAACUUGAUGUGAAUAAAACCGCUGAGAUACUUAUUGUUCAACAAGCAAAUUAUAUUCCUUCAAUGUAUCAAAAACCACAACCAAAACAAUUAUCUCCAAAUGAAAUUAGUUUAAAGAAAUGGCAAAAGUAUUCACAUGACAUGCAACAUCCUAAAUCUAUUGAAAGUGAAUUCGAUCAUACAUUAAAUCAAAUUACUCUCGAAGGAUUUAAUGAUUCUUCUUUUUCACAAGAACAAAGUUUAUUUGCUUCGGCAGAUAAAUUAAAGUUGUCAUACUUAAUAGAUUUAUUAAAAGGAAUAGUUGAUGAAGAUGAUAUAAAAGAAUUAUAUAAACAAUUAGAGGGUAAUAUAGAACUUAUCCUUUAUGUUAUCAGUGAUGGAAGAGAUGAUUUAAAAAAGAAAUUUGGAUUAAUUUCUGAUAUAACAAAAACUGAAACUGAUAACCAACACCAAGAACAAUUUUAUAAAGCACCUUCAUUACCAAAAAUAACUGGAAUGCUUUCUGGAGAGUCAGAAGAGCAAUUUGUUAAACGUACAAAUAAUGAAAUUAUUAAUCUUGCAAAAGAAAGAAGUAUUUAUGCACAUCAGUUGUCAUUAGCUCCGAGAGGAAGUUCAAACGCAAGUGAUUUCCAAAAGAAAUUAAAUGAAGUUACUAGACAGAUUCAAUUUAAACAACAAAAUGUAAUGAAUCUAUACUUACGUAUUCUUCUUAGAAAAACAGGUGACCAUUCAAAAAAAUGUAUUGAAAUUGAUUUGCAUGGUUUUGGUGAAACUGAAGCUAUUAAAGCUCUUCGACAAGUUUUAGAUACUAGUGGAAUUACUGGAAUUGGUAAAGUUAGAUUUAUUACUGGAUUAGGAAAGCAUAGUUCAAGACAAGGAUUUUCUGUAAUAAAAAAUAAAAUGCAAUUGUAUUUAGUAAGAAAUAAAAUUCAAUUUGAAGAAGACUCAGUUUCUCUUACAGUUUAUUUAAACUAA